AACUCGUGGGCUCUUGUCCAUGCCCAGAACCGGAGGAAAGGAAGAGCCCAGGAAGGACGGAGCUGGGGGCGCUCUAGGAGAAAGGCGACUGUGGCAGGCUCCAGUUCAACUUGUGCGUCCCUUCCUCCGCUGGGCUCCUCGUAGUUCUGUUUGUUUAGACGGGGCUGAGGAGAAAGAGACCCUCUGUGCCCACAUCCCGCUCCAAAGAGCGCUGCUGCUACUGCUGUUGCUGCUGCUGCUGCCGCCGCCGCCGCCGCCGCCGCCGCCACUGCCGCUCCCCGUCAGAGGGAUCCCACAGAGACCUGCUCCUUCCAUUGCAGAUCACUGUCCUGGCACCGGCACUUGAGCUCCUUCCUUUUGACCAGAGACUGGAGUGAGAAUCAAACCACAGGAAAAAGCAACUGCUGUUCCACAAGCGUAACCUUUCAACUUCUGGGCACAUCUUAUUGGAAAGGGAGCCACGUCCAGCUUACAGUUUUGACUACAAGCUUUGACAACUGAAACUGGGAGGUUUCUGACACUUUGGUGCUGCCAUGAACUGAGGUGCAUUUUAGUAGAGGACAUGUUCUCCAGACUUUAUCUCAUGAUGUAUUGCACCCUUGCAUUUAUAGCCCUGUACUUCUGUUGUCAAGGGAGAAAAAGAAAAGGGAAGGCAUGCCCUUGAAUGAAAUACAGAUCAAAGAAGACUGGGCAGCAGUUAAAUAAAGUUUUAGUCCCUGAUAAAUUUGGGAACAUUCCAACUUAAACCUGGUCUGAAUAACACACUUGUCAUUAUAAUCCACACUGAGAGUAUGUCUUUGAAAACCUAUCCUCUCUUACUCUCAAAUUUGCAGAAGGGUGUAAAAACCUGAAGAAGAAAGGGACAAUAAUAAACUGAAGUUUCAUAGACUGGGGAUUCCCAACUUAAAACGAUGGAAAGCAACUCUUAUUCUAGUUCUUUACUUUCAAGUAAGUGGAUAAAGAUGUAUUUGCCCCUCACAGAAGUCUCAUCAUGUUUAUCAAAUACCUCCCUUCUCUGAGAAAUAGACACCUUUCUUGAUACCUGUCUCCCAAACCCUCAAUUCACUGUCAUCUCAUUUUAUUACUUAUAUGAUCAAACUAUAAUCAAAAUAUAAUCCUAUAUAGAAUCUUAGAUCUAGAUCUGGAAGAGUCAGAUUUAUAGAAAAGGGAUGAAUAUCAAGGCAGUUACAAAUUUACUAUCCUGCUUUCUCUUUUGGGGGUUUUUCAUUAUCAGUUCUCAUUUUUUUUCUUUGAGUUUUAUAAAGGCAGUGUACAAGAUGGCUUCAUUUAGUUUAAUUCCAUUAACAGUUAAUGUUAUCCAGCAUACAGAGUGUUCAUGAAAAAGGCGAAAUAAAUCUAUAGCUGAA